AUGGAGAACUACCAAAAGUUGGAAAAGGUCGGAGAGGGAACCUAUGGUGUUGUGUACAAGGCCCGCGACCUGACCACGAAGGACCAGCGCAUUGUCGCCCUCAAGAAGAUCCGUCUCGAAGCCGAAGAUGAGGGUGUGCCCUCGACUGCCAUUCGCGAAAUCUCCCUCCUCAAGGAGAUGAACGACCCCAACAUUGUCCGCCUACUGAAUAUUGUUCACGCCGACGGCCACAAGCUGUACCUCGUCUUCGAGUUCCUUGACCUCGAUCUGAAGAAAUACAUGGAGGCGCUGCCAGUCAGCAUGGGUGGACGAGGCAAGGCUUUGCCCGAGGGCUCUGGUCUCGCCGGCCAGACUCUGAACAUGGACGACAAGACCGUAAAGAAGUUUAUGAUGCAGCUUUGCCAGGGCGUCCGAUACUGCCAUGCUCACCGAGUGCUUCACCGCGAUCUCAAGCCCCAGAAUCUGUUGAUUGACAAGGAGUGCAAUCUCAAGUUGGCGGAUUUUGGUCUGGCUCGCGCUUUCGGUGUGCCGCUACGAACAUACACUCACGAGGUUGUUACGCUAUGGUAUCGCUCCCCGGAAAUUCUGCUUGGUGGCCGCCAGUACUCGACUGGUGUAGACAUGUGGUCGGUUGGAUGCAUCUUUGCUGAGAUGUGCACACGCAAGCCUCUGUUCCCAGGUGAUUCUGAGAUUGACGAGAUCUUCAAGAUCUUCCGUAUUCUCGGUACACCCAGCGAGCAAGAUUGGCCUGGUGUGACGUCCUUCCCCGACUUCAAGCCCUCGUUCCCUAAGUGGGCCAAGACGGACAUUGCAAACAUUGUCACCAACCUUGACGAGGUAGGCCUUGACCUGCUCGAUGCGCUCCUUGUAUACGACCCUGCUGGCCGCAUCUCGGCCAAACAAACCGUCAUGGCUUCGUCAGCACCCAAGUUACUCCCCCCGGGAACUGGCCCUCGGCUUAUUGUCUAUCACCAGACAUUUCACGAUUCACAGGGCAGCUACCACUCGUUACUACCGUUGGUGACCAACAAGACGGGCAUCACCCAUGUCAUUAUCGCCGCUAUCCAUCUCAACGAGGGCGCGGGCAACAUUACACUAAACGACCAUCGGCCAGAGGACACGCGGUACGAUCAGCUAUGGGGAGAGGUGAACUGGUUGCAAGGGAGCGGGGUCAAGGUGCUCGGCAUGCUGGGCGGAGCAGCAAAAGGCAGCUAUGAGAGGUUAAGCGGCGACGACGAGAGUUUCGAAGCCUACUACACCCCCCUCCACGCCAUAAUCAGCCGCUACAAGCUCUCGGGCCUCGACCUCGACGUCGAAGAAGAAGUCCCCUUAUCCACAAUCACACGCCUCAUCUCGCGCCUCCGCGCAGACUUCGGCCCUGCAUUCCUCAUCACCCUCGCCCCCGUGGCUACAGCCCUCGUGCCCGACCCCAAAAUCCCAGCGCACCUCCGCCCCCCGCGCCCCAUGCUCGCCUCGGGCCCCAGUCCCAACCCCUUACACCCCACGCUCCCGCACCUCAGCGGCUUCAGCUACCCCGAGCUCGAAUGCAGCGACUUUGGGCGCGAGGUAGCGUGGUACAACACGCAGUUCUACUGCGGAUGGGGCGACGCAGCGAGCACCCUCUGGUACGACGCCAUCGUCGCCGCAGGCUGGAAACCCGAGCGCGUAGUCAUGGGCGUAGUAACGAACCCCGGCAACGGCGCCGGUCACGUUUCGCUCGCCACGCUCACGCAAAACUGCGCCGUGCUCCGCGACAAGUACCGGAAUGUGGGCAAAGGGUUUGGCGGCGUCAUGGGCUGGGAGUUCUUCAACGCUGGCGAUUCAGACGCCGAUAUCGUGCACGUUGCUGAGCUCGGCAGCGAGACUCUGCAGGUCGGCUGGGUCGCGGCCCUCGGCAAAGUGUUGAGGGGUGAGGAGCCAGAGGAGCAGACACAGCAUUCGAAUCGCCCCUUGCAGAAUGUUACCGCAGAUCAGAUUAGGAGUAUGGUGACGCGGUUGCCGCAGGCAAAUCCCGCCUGGCCGGAUGAAGAGGUGCAAAAGUUGGUGGUGCUGGGGUUUCAGCGGCAUGAGGCGGUUGCCGCGUUGAAUGCUACAGAUGGCAAUGUUGAGUUGGCCGCCGGGUUUUUGUUUGAGCAUUAUCCGCAGUAG